UUUGUCGCUGAGCAUAGUGGGUCGGAAUCAACCAGGCGCCAUUCCGCGAAGUCGAGCGAAAAAUUUUGUUUUUUCGGCCGGAGCAAGUGCAAUUUGCGGACUGUGAUCGGCCGUUCGACCGCAGAGAGCGUGACCUCUGUCGAAUCUAUUUGGGCGCUCGUCGCCGCCUUUAGCUUUUUGGAAGUCUGCUGUUUAGGCCAUAAAAUCAAACCAUGUUCUGGAAGUACAACGCCAGUGCCUGCUCUCACCUUGAGACCCUCCUUAGCAAAGAGGAUGUAACUCUGUAUGAGGUCUUGGAUGAGGAGGACAUAGUACAAGAAUGCAGAGUUCAAAACAAGAAGCUUAUUGAUUAUUUGUUGCGGCCUGAAAUUUUGGAGCAGCUGGUAAGCCUGACUGUGGAGGAGCCGUCGAUUGAGGUGGAAGAGAAGCACCGGUUUCGCUACUCGAACAUGGCUUGUGAGUUGCUGACAUGUGACGUUCCUCAGCUGAACGAGCGCCUGGCUGGCAGUGAAACCCUCCUCACAAAACUGUACUCCUUCUUGGACACACCACCGCCCCUUAACCCUCUGCUUGCCAGCUUCUUCAGCAAAACGUUCACCGGCCUUGUCACACGCAGAGCUGAGCAGAACUGGUACUCCUAUCAGUUCACCUGCUUGCAGGCUCUAGAAUUCCUGAAGAAGCAGGAAGACACUGUCGGAGUCCUUCUGCGCCACCUGGGCACCUCAGCCAUUAUGGACUUCCUGCAGCGCCUCAUCACCAGUGUCGAGGGCAAUGACAUGCGCAAGAAUGUUCUUACGUGGUUAGAAGGACAGAAUGUAGUGCAGCGAAUUCUGGAACUGAUGGGGCCUGAAACUGAGCCUGAGAGGCACUGCAACGCCUCCCAGCUGUUGCUUGACGUCAUCAGAAUAUCAAGGGACACCUUUAGAACCUGUUCUUCCGAAAACGGCGGCCCUGACCCCAUCUUAGAAAGACUAGAGUCACCCGAAACUGCCUCAACCAUUCUGGACUUGAUGCUCUCUGGCGGGGACCAACGCAGUGAGAGUGCCAUAGUUGGAGGUGUAGCGGUACUUCUUACUUUGUUAGAGACAAGUCGACUACCUUCGGACGACGGGUCUGAACAUAAUGAAGAGAGAGAACUUUCUUGUCAGAGCAACAUUUGCAAAGCCAUGGUUCCAAGGCUCAAAGACCUCCACGACGUUCUACUUCACCCUCCCAAGAAAUCUGCGAUCCAAACGACGGCUGAGCACUUAGAUCCUCCCUUUGGAAAUACCCGCCUGCAAGUCUGUCGCCUUAUAUCAGCACUUGUUGCCACUCAGGAUGUUGAAGUUUUAACCACUUUAUCAGAACUAGGCACUCUUAGCGUUUUACUGGAUUUGUUUUUUGCAUACAAAUGGAACAACUUUCUGCACUCUCAGGUUGAGCACUGCAUCACUCUGCUGCUGCAAAGCCUAUCUGGCCCAGAAAUUGCGUCGCUCAAUCACAAUUUCGAUAAAACGUUUGCCAAGAGCCCAGGCUCAAGUCCUUCAACACCUCCCGCCGAAGCGGAAGCUGACUCGGGUGAUAGUGAAAAGAAAGAUGAGGUGGCUGAGACUGAGGAGAACGUUAACGCACCACACAUUUCCGAGCCGAGUCCACUUGUGAUUAACUUGUUCGGCGAGAGUCGCCUUUUAGAGAGAGUCAUUGAGGCCUACAAAAAGGAUAAAGAUGGUUCCUUGCCUAAAGUGAAGUGUGGAUACUUUGGCCACCUGGUUCUAAUUUGCAACUGCAUCCGGCAGUGCGUGACUGAGGAAACGCUGGCCAGGCUGGUGCCUGCAGAGGAUACACGUCUUGAGUGGCAUGAGCUGCUGGAUGGGCAGAUCGAAGAAAUCAACAAAAUCCAAUCUGAGUUCCUGGGAGGGCAGCAUCCGUCUAAAAUCAUUGAGUCUGAGGACAACGACUACCCCAUCAUUCCGUUCUCUCAAGAGGGCACCGUGCUGCUCAACUUCACCGAGCUUCUAACCUGUUACAAGUCAACACCUUUUGCUGAAGGCUCCUCGUACGAUGACAACCAGUUUUUUGACAAUGAGGACCCUAUGCAUUCUGAACCUGACACAUACGUUCCUCCGGGCUACAGGCUUGGCUCAUCAGAUGAGAUGUCACGGCGCCGCGAGCUCUUCUUUGACAUGUGCAACCAAAAGACGGGGCCUGGCAAUGACGAUGAUCUGGACAAUGAGCUCAACUUUAACUCACCCACCACAGUUGAACCACCCGUGGUUAGAAAUCUCAGUGAUGACAGUGAUGAAGAAGAGCAAUCCAAUGUACCUGGUGCUGGAGUCAUGGAAAUUGAUACUGUUGAUCCCUGGGCCGAUACACCUGCUGUGGUGGCAGACGCUGAAAAUCCUUGGGAGGCUAGUGAGAUUGCUGCAGCCGAACAGGCGCCCGUCGCUGACCAGGAUGGCUGGGCCAACUUUUGUGCCUUUUCAUCGGGACCGGAAGCUGCGCCUGAAGUUAAAGAUGAGGAAAACAAUGCAGGCUCCGAGGCAGCUGAUCAGACUUCAGCAGAUACCAACGCCAAUCCUCCAUUGGAAACACUGGAGGAAAAUUCUGAAUUAGUUGACAAUUUUAGGUUUCUUUCGCAAGGACUGAUGUCGGCGGAAGGUGUGGCGGUAGACCCUCCCGCCACCCAAAGUGAUACUCCUCUGGCUGAAGCAGAGGAGCCCAAGUGUGAGGAGACCGAAGUCGUCACGGACAGUGGCAGCUGCAGCACAAAUAUUGCGGCCGAAGGUGAAGGAAGCAUUUAGUAGUUUUUUUGGUAUUUCUUCUCCGACCCCGAUGCUCACUACUUUUAUUGAUUGCGACGGAUGGAUGGAGGCAGUCGAGUUGUUUGUCACACCAACAAUUUUAGUAAAAAAUACCACCACGGGUUCCGAUACGUGCAAUUCAAUCUUAGCAUGUUUCAAUCCAUCGGCAGAUUGAUUGAUGGUGCCUUGUACCACACAAACUAUUCCAGAAUAAUAUUUAUGAUGUUCAUGAAUAAUUGUUCUCUGUGAGUUAAGCAUUCGCAUAUCUUGUUUCACCUCUACCAGAGCUAAAACUUUUCUUAUGGAGUAUCCAAAUACAACAACUAUAAGCAAGUGCAAAUUAUGGAACGUAUUUUUUGUUAUGCGCAUCUUGAUGAAUAGCCUUGUUAGUUUUUUCAAAGUUCCACACAAAGCGAGAAAGAGAGAAUGAAACAGCAGUUACCUACCAAUUCCACCAUGGCUCUUGAGAUUUUUUGCCAACUUUCAAGACGCUGCAUUAUCAGGGAAGUCACCAAUAUAUUCCAACUUAUGGUGCUCAACUUUAUAAUAUUAUUUAAUACAGAAAACUUAUGUGAGUGCAGCGUCAGUCUGAUCUUUUGGUUGAAAUGAAGAGUUUCAGGAUGCCAAACUUGUUAUCAAUUGUGAAAGAGAAAUUAGGAUCUGUGAUGGAUAUUAUUCCAAAGUAGUGUCUUCAAAAUAAGAUUGUUUUUUAUCAACACAAAAGUACACAUUCACUCACUCUUGUUAGCUCAAAGAAUUGUCAAAUUAUUUCCACCAACCAUUAAGUUUUGAUUUAUUAUUUUUGUACGCCACCGAAGUGAAUUUAAAAAAACUGUUUGAAAACUUCAAGAUCGAUUGGUUGCAUGCGACUCGUUCGUUCGUUCACUGUGAGGCCAUAACAUAGCCAAAGUUGAAUGUUGAAAGAAUAAAAUAAUUAUACCACAAAAGACCUCGCCAGCCGAUUGACCUUUUCAUUGCACACCAUGUGCCUACCUCCGAAACCAGUGCGAUGAAUUUACUACUUCCUUUUUUGCUGUAUUUUCCAAAUUAUGUUUACAAGCAGGCAGUUUCAUUUUAAAUGAUGAAAUAAAGAUGCAAGUA